AUAAAUUUGCGUGUAAUAUUACGUACAUCAUUUUUUAAAUAUUUUACAAUCGCAAAUAUGCACUUCAAUCAAAUUGUCCAGCUGCUUCUGCUUUUUGUCACUGCUGCACUUGCCGAGCUGAUUCCCUUUGGGCCAAUUGCAACUCUCUAUAAUGAAGCAAACUUCCAGGGAGACCACUUCACCGUAGGCAGACUCGGCGAAUGCGUAGAGAUUCGCAGCAAUAUCAUCGGCAAAGUGGGCUCAUUGAAGCUGCAGCACGUCCCCAGCCCCUUCUACGUAGCCUGCGCUCUUUACUCAAACGAUUACUGCAGAGACCCAGCAGCCUCUGUGGUCUGGUACGCCACAGCAUUAUUCAACAACGCCUAUCUCCCGGAUACCUCUGCUCGGUCGAUUUCUUGCCAGCUUAACAAGUCUCUGCCUUGAAACACCUUGGAAAUAAACAUGUAGCAGUACUCGUGAAGAGUGUAUUAUUGCAAUUUUUUUUCUUUGUUACGGGAAAGUGAGCGUGAUCUUAUGACCUUGAAGUUGAAAGCAUGUGGUGAGCGGCCUUAGCUCAGGAGGUGGGAUGCUACCCAAUGAUACAAUUUAAUUAAUUACACUUUUUUUCUUUUCUUUUCCCCUCUUGUUUCUAAAUGAUAGGAAGCUUCUCUCUAUACCAGGUGCUUCUCUGGAUUGCAGUUCGUCUGCCGGAUGAGAUGUGAAAGGGGGUUAAUAAGCCAGAAAAGUCAAAUUUGCAAUUUUGAACAUCAUCUGACCGAAUCAAAUACACUAAGAAUUGCAU